UAAGAAGAUUAUCAUCAUGUAUUCGAAUAAAACUUUUAAAGUUACUCCAAGCAGCGCUAAUAAAGUCGGCUCUACUACACGCAAGAUAAGAAAAGCGCAAGCACCAUCUUCUAAAAUGCUUGAUAUCGAAUACAAUGAUUAUUCCUCAUUUGCCAAAGUCAAAUUACCCGAAAAAAUUAAUGAAAAACCUACUACUGGCAAUGAGAUGAAGGAGGUUGGCUGUGGUGUCCCAAUUAUCCCAGAAGGACGUAAAUCGCAGCUUAUCAAUCAUACCCGAACUCCCUCCUUGAAACGGAAGAAUGAUGAAGUUUUAGCCGCCGAACUUCAAAGAAAUAUAAGAUCAUUUCAAAAAGAUGAUACUACAAAAAUUUCUUCAAAGAGAUCAACAAUAUGCUGCGGUUCUUUAAAAAAACUCUCUUCUCUUCGUACGAAUCAAUUUGAAUCUAUCGAACGAGUAACUAAGCAUCUUCCUCCAAAGACAAACUUUACCUCUUCUGAAAUUGAAGUAAUGAAUUUAAGGAAUGAGAUACUUAGAGCUAGGAUAGAACUAUAUAUCAAAGAACAAAUUGAAGCUCUUAACAAUACUAUGCAACUUCAAGAUGAUACCCCGGAGGUAGAAUACGAUCCCGAUCUAUUCAUGGAUGAAGAUGAUCAUCCUUCUUAUAAAGAUGUUCAUAUGGCUGAAAUUAAGGAUAGUUUAAUGAAUAUCCGACAAUAUUAUAUCGCUGAUAUUCGAUUUCCUCCAUAUUCUUCUGGCAAAAAAAUUUCCCUUGCUUCUAUUAAAAGGAAUUAUUGGGGUGUAGAAAGAGAAACUUUUAAAGACUAUAAAUUUGAUAAAGUCUUUGGUGCUUCUGCAACACAAGAAGAAAUUUAUACUAACGUUGCUCCCAUAGUUCAAUCAGUCGUUGAUGGUUCUAAUGGUUGCAUUUUCGCAUAUGGUCAAACUUGUGCUGGUAAGACUUAUACCAUGCAAGGACCACAAGAUCCAACUAUUUAUAAUGAAGGCAUGAUUCCACGUGCUGUUCGUCAAAUAUUUAAUCAUGUUGAUGAAUUAAAAUCUCAAGGUUGGGAAUAUGAAAUAGAAGGUCAAUUUAUCGAAAUUUAUAAUGAUAAUAUUCGUGAUUUGCUCUCUGAUGAUCCUUCUAAUCAUCGUGGUCUCAAAUUUCGAACAAUUCAUGAUGAACAAACUGGCACGACUAUGGUCAAUAAGGCCAAAACUGUGAAUCUCGAUUCAGUUGCGACUCUUAAUUGGGUUUUACAAAUGGCUGCCAAAAAUAGAGCCGUCGCAUCAACAAAAUCCAAUGCUAACUCAUCUCGAAGUCACAGUAUUUUCAUGGUUCGGUUAAUGGGUACAAAUACAAUUACCGGUGAAAAUCGAAUUGGAACAUUGAAUCUGGUUGAUUUGGCUGGUUCAGAACGUUUAUCAAAAUCUGGCUCACAAGGAGAUCAUUUACAAGAAGCGAGAUAUAUUAAUUCAAGCUUAAGUCACUUGAAAACUGUGAUUCAAGGUAUCAAGGAAAAGUCGGAUCAUAUUAACUUUAGGAAUUCGACUUUAACUUGGCUUUUGAAAAAUUCUUUGCGUGGUAAUGCCAAAGUUCUUAUGUUUGUCCAUAUAUCACCAUUAGAAUCAGCAAGAGCCGAAACCGAAAGCAGCUUGGAAUUCGCACGUCUUGUAAAUUCCGCGUAA